AUGGAAGAACCCCCCGAAGACCAGCCGGGGACCCCAGAUGCCACGCCCGGGGACCCCAACGUGCCCGAUGCGGACGGGGUCCCCCGCGAAGAGAGUCAGCCGCUGGGUCCGGCUCCGGUGCAGCCCCAGCGAAGCGCCGUCUACCAGCCCGAGGAGCCUCGGCUGAGCGUCUACGACCAGCAGCAGGAAGGCCGAGGCAACGUCUACCAGCCCCAGCAAGCCAGAGGCGCCCUCUUUCAAUCGAGGGGCGCCACGGCGGAUUCGAGGGCCGGCGUGUCUUGGCAGCAGCUGCCGCAGCAGCCACCCGGCUUCUUGGAUCAGAGGCCAGGGACCACUUUCCCAACCUCGGCAUCCAGGAGCAGCCAGAUCCUGCAGUCGGACAGUCACGGCCCUUAUCAGCCCCAUGAACCCGGCUACCUGUCCCAGCUGGGGAUGAUGAGUUUAUACGAAGACCAAAUUCCGGAUCCGGGUCCUCGGGCUCUGGCCAUAAAGAAUGCCAAAGCCUACCUGUUGCGAACCAGCGUCAAAACUGGAGUCAGCUUGUAUGACCAUCUUUCUGACAUGUUGGCAAAGAUUCUGGAAGAGCGGCCUGAAAAUCCAGCAGAUAUAAUCGAGAACAUCAGUAAGGAUAUAAAGUGUGCUCGAUUCCAAAAGAAAUUGGACACCCUCCGAGAUGAAUUUGAAAAACAUCCAACAUUUGAAUUGGCUGAAAUGUACAAAACUCUGUUCCAAAAGGCAGGUGGUGGUGAUGGCGCAGAUCAAGAACCAGAAGAGGAAUUG